CCUUAUCAAACGCCUCAAAAUUCCAACCGAUAAAAAUUACUAUUGACUUAGCCUGCUGGAUUGCACUGCACACGCCGCACAGUGUAAUAUUAUAGUAUUUAUGGUUAAUAAACGUAGCGGUGCAGAACGUUUGAUUGCGGCAACAGGUGUGCGAACUAUAACGGAUAGCGAAUCCACUGCGCGUUAUGCGCGCAAAGCUGCACCUUGGAAUCCGAGUAUUCCCAUUUCGCGAGUGAAUCGGGUUCCAUGUAGCACUACGUACUUAUCUUUCCAAUAAUUAUCACUAAUCCACGAUGUCUGUUCAGAAGGGAGCAUUAUCAUCCCGUUGUCCUGGUAUCAAUGCGUACAAAGUGGUGUUGAUCUUCUUUUUACUGCACUGUAUCCCUGACCGUGCUCUUCUCCAUCUCACUGUUCAUGUCCUCCAGCCGUCCCGCGCCUAAUUGUCCCCCGCUGGCGAUUCCCGGAGGCGGAGUGGACAGUAGUAAUGUGUUUUGCAACGAAACGGGCCACUACGAUACGUACGGCGAACAGCCGAUCAAGCUGCUGUAUUUCUACAAUAAAAAUGACACAUCCCUCAAUGCGUCCGCGCUGAUUCCCUGGUGCGAGAAGGAAUCGCCCCGACUGAUCGGACGCAGUAAGAUUUCGCAGGAGGUUCGCUCGGAUGCGGAUAUCAUGGCGGCCAAUCCGCAUGUGCAGCUAGGAGGCCAUUAUCAUCCGACCGAGUGUACUCCGCGCGGUCGCCUGAAACUGGCGGUGCUGGUUGUGUACAGGGACCGCAAGGAGCAUCUGCAAAUUUUGCUUAACAAUCUUCACCCGUUUCUCCAACGACAGCAACGGGAUUACACGAUUUUCAUUGUGGAGCAAACCGGAAACGCAACAUUUAACAGAGGUAUGCUAUUUAACGUGGGAUUCGCGGAGGCCAGCAAGCUUCGUGAUUUUGACUGCUUUGUGUUCCACGAUGUGGAUCUGUUACCGGAAAACGACCGAAAUUCAUACUCUUGUCCUGAAGUCCCGACGCUAUUGUCGAGCGUCAUGGAUAAGUUCAAAUACAAACCAUUAUACAACGAUUAUUUCGGCGGCGUUGUCUCCUUCUCCAGCAGCCAGUUCCGUGAUAUAAACGGCUAUCCGAAUGUCUAUUGGGGCUGGGGCGGUGAAGAUGAUGAUCUCGGGCAACGCGUGCGAUUCAAGUUUGGUAAACAAGGGAGAGCAGCCUUGGAUAUUGGCCACUACACGAUGAUCAAACAUGCCGAUGACCCCGGGAAUCCAAAGAAUCCGGAGCGUUUUAAAAUACUCGGUCAAGCGAGAAAGCGCUUUACUACUGACGGUUUAUCGAGUUUGUCGUAUUUAUUGCUGAAUUACGAACUGAGGCCGUUGUAUACUUGGAUUCUGGUGGACAUCGGUCAGCCUCCUUGAAACAGUUCUUAGCUCCUUACAAUGUUCCGCAGUUGAGCUGUGAUUAACUCGUCACACUAUUAUGAUCUUGUACAGUUCCGAUGUUCUUUCUUUCUAGCAGUUUUGCUGUGAUUUUGUUGUUUGUUAGGAGUUUUCAGUAUUGGUAGAACGGUACAGUACUCGAGUAAUUUGGCGUUGUCGAUGUAGACAUGACGAUCCGCUGUCACCGAAUCUUCACAAAAGUGAGCAGGUCAAAAUAAAGGG